AUGAUUAUGAUGAUGAUGAUGGUGAUGGUGAUGAUGAUGGCGAUUCCUGUAUCAGAAAGCGCACCUUGUCACUGCGCGGAUCCUCCAGACAUUCUGUUACUGAAGUCAGAAAACAUGGACGAAAUGGUCUUCCGCUGGCUUCAGGAAGCUGGGCUCACAAAUCUAUCUCACACACCGGAGAGCGACUACAGCGUCCUGCUUGAAAAAGUCGCCAGUUCCACGUUACUAGGAGUCAAAGACUGUCCGAGUCGACGCGGCCAUCCUCUGGGAACGAAGGAUUACCAGAGGGCAAUAUGUCCCUGGCAUUACGUCCUUGACAUCGAUGACGACCGGGUGCCGAGGGUCAUGGUGCAUGCGCAGUGUAGUUGCGAGAAAUGCCGAUUUCUGUCAGGACGUCAUUCCGGUUCCUGUAUGCCCAUUUAUCAAGCGAGACAGGUGCAGCGUCGGGUGCGUUGUAAGGAGGAUGGUUUUUACGAGUACGUAGAUUUUAAGGAACAGGUUCCAGUGGGGUGCGCUUGUGUGAGGGCUGCCAUUUCACCGUCAAGAACAUCUAUGCACAGUCCUCCUUGA